AUGACGAAGAGUGUCCUCGCUGAUUGGAUGCCUUUGGCCCCACUCACGGACAAGGAAAUUUAUGGCAAAGCAGUAAGUAUCAAAGAAGAGCUCAGCGAAGAUAUUUCCGAGGAUACUUGUAUUGAAAUUAAAGAAGAACCGUUUGAUUAUGCAGAUAAAGAGGUAGAUGAGGUGAACGACGAGAAAGUGCAACAUAAAUGUCUCUACUUUCAUAAUCUCGAUAAACUAAGAUAUGAAUCAAAUGCAAAGAAUACGUGUAAGUUGGUACAGGAUCGUAAUGGCAUGUUGUUAAGAGCGACAUUUGUGACUGAGAAUUCUCUGAAUAAGAUUUCAUCAGAUGGGGAUCAGGCGAUGCAUAAGGAAAAUCUUAAGCAGGAUACAAAACCAAAAGUGGAAGCUACAUUGAAACGUUUUGCAUGUGAAGUGUAUGGCAAAAAAUUCUCACAAAAGAGAAAUAUCAACAUUAAUAUGAGAGUUCACACAAAGGAGAAGCCAUACAGCUGUGAGAUUUGCCGCAAGGCCUUCAAUCAGAAAGGCCAUCUAACAAGGCACAUGAGAGUACAUUUAAAGGAGAAGCCGUUCAGCUGUGAGAUUUGCAGCAAGGCCUUCUCUAAGAAAUGCCUACUAGCAAGGCACAUGAGAGUACAUACAAAGGAUAAGCCUUUCAGCUGUGAGAUUUGCAGCAAGACCUUCUGUGAGAAAGGCCAUCUAACAAGGCACAUGAGAGUACAUACAAAGGAGAAGCCAUUCAGCUGUGAGAUUUGCAGCAAGACCUUCUCUGAGAAAGGUAAUCUAGUAAAGCACAUGAGAGCACAUACAAAGGAGAAACCAUUCAGCUGUGAGAUUUGCAGCAAGACCUUUUCUGAGAAAGGUAAUCUAGUAAAGCACAUGAGAGUACAUACAAAGGAGAAACCAUUCAGCUGUGAGAUUUGCAGCAAGACCUUCUCUCAUAAAGGCCAUAUAACAGGGCACACGAGAGUACAUACAAAGGAGAAGCCAUUCAGCUGUGAGAUUUGCAGCAAGGCCUUCUCUCAUAAAGGCCAUCUAACAACGCACAUGAGAGUACAUACAAAGGAGAAGCCAUUCAGCUGUGAGAUUUGCAGCAAGGCCUUCUCUGAGAAAAAUACUCUAGUAAAUCACAUGAGAGUACAUUCAAAAGAGAAGCCAUUCAGUUGUAAAAGUUGCAACAAGGCCUUCUAUGAGAAAGGUUCUCUGGUAGAGCACAUGAGAGCUAUUAGCAAUACAUCAGAGUACAAAUAA